AAUGUUUUUGACACACUAAACGCCAGGAGGAUACAGCGGAGAUUCUGGGAAUCCGGUCCGGUUCCUCUACUUUCGAAAUCCCAACCGGACGGACACGUGCGGCCUUUAAUACCAAUACACAUUCGGUCUGAUUUCACAUCAGUCGCGUAUUCUGUAAAUAUAACUGGAUUUGAAGACAUCGGGAUGGUGAAAAAUACUGAGGUGUGAACGCUGAUCUCCAGGUAUUCGUUUUGCUGUGUUGUCAAAUAAGAAGUUUGAUCAGGAUGGAGGUCUGGCUGACUUUUGCUCUGUUUUUGACCAGCGGGGUCAUACAAAUUCUCGGACAGAACGGUCUGGAUGAACUUUCCGUGCCCCAAGGUUUAACACUACAGCCGGAUUUAUCAUCACAGACUUUGUCUUUAACAUGGGAAAGUGACUCAUCAUUUUUCGACAUCGAGGUCUUCCACACCGAGUUAAUGAAUGUGGUGCUAAACGAGACAUUUGCAUCGAAAGCAGAUCCUGCGACAGGACAACAUGUUUGGAUGUGGCGCUCAGCAUUACCGCUGGAGUGCACCUCUCAUUCUGUGCAAAUCAGAGCAAGAAAUCAACAAGCAGUUAGCCAGUGGAGUCCCCUGCAGACCAUCCCAGGCUCUGAUCUUCCUGAGAAGUCUGCCCCUCAGAUGUAUCCACAGGACAAGGUGGUUUCUGUGGGUAGUAACAUGACUUUCUGCUGUAUCGUCGGAGAGGGGAUGAGUUUCGGCCUAAUACAGUACCAAAAGCAGCAGUUUGGUGCCACUCGACUGAGCAGACGGUCGUACGCCACCACGAUUGCUAACCUGUCUGCAUCUAGAGCAACAGGAACCAAUGUGGUCUGUAGUUCGAAAACGAUGGCCAUCACAGGAACUGUGGUGUUCGUCGGCUAUCCGCCGGGCGACGAAGGGUUGGUUUGUGAAACUCGAGAUUUGACAUCUGCCGAAUGUUCUUGGAAGAAAGGACGAGACACUCACUUGAAGACAAAGCGCACCCGCACAAAAUACACCCUUAAUGGAAGGGACUGUUUGGAGGCUAACAAAGGGAAGAUUUUCCAGUGUAACUGGACGUCUUGGGAGGACAGCUGGACUCUAGUGGGCCAAAAUCUUUUAGGAAGUGUUCAGCUGAACGACUCCGCCCCACUCGCUGACCGCGUAUAUCCGUUGGCUCCAGUUCACAUGACGGCUGUGGAUGUGAAGGCCUGGAACGUCACGCUAAAGUGGAGCUGGACUGUGGCAGCCUAUGAAAAACUGGAGAUGAUCUGCCAGCUGAAAUUCGAUGGCCGGGGACUUUCCAGCUUGCGCAACUACAGUGGUACAGGUUUAUCUUCUGUGGUGUUGGACGGCUUAUGGCCUGACGUGGACUAUACUGUGUCUGUGCGCUGUGGCUCGCUGCACAAUUUUUGGAAAUGGGGAGAUAUGAGCGCCUCCUACAGUAUCCGCACAAAAAUGGAUUGCCCUGAUCCUCCAGAUGUCUGGGUCUACAGGGACAGUGAAACCACAGGACGUGUUUUGUGGAAACAUCUGUCUGAAAGUGAAAGUCAUGGCACUUUGGACGGUUACGAAGUUUAUCACAACGCGUCAGAGGAAGACCGCUGGACCACAGUUUCUCCCUUUCACAAUACCUUCAGCUAUCCCAUAACCCUCACCAACAGUAGUGACAUCACUGUUGCCGUGGCAGCACGAAACCCAGCUGGCCUCUCGCAGCCUUCCACCGUGACCAUACCAGCAUACAGAGCAGAUUCCCAGCUGACGGUUUCUGAGGUGAGCGGCACAAACGGAGGAUUCGAUUUGUCCUGGCAACCUGAUGUUAAUGUCAGCAGACGGUAUGUAGUGGAGUGGAUCCCCACCGGCUGUACCGGGCUCUGCUCCGUAGACUGGCUCAAAGUUCCUGAAUCCAACACCAGCGUUAGGGUGCAAACAGACUCUCUGGAGGCGGGCGUGCAGUACACUUUAUCUCUGUAUGCUCUCUCCGCUGGGACUACUACGGUUCUGCAGAGAUGGAACGGGUACAUUCAAGAAAUGAUUCCUGCGCAGUCGGUUGAUCUGUCAGCCAAUCAGACCGGCUCUGAUGUUCUGUUGUCUUGGAACUCCAUUCCAAUGAAACAGCAGAGAGGAUACAUUCGCGGAUACAACAUCUACUUGGCGAACGCAGGGCACCUGAAACUUAUUGCUAAUGUAUCAGAUCCUGAGGUGCGGUCAUACAGGAUCACUGGCUUGUCUAUGGGCUCGUAUAAGUUCCUUGUGAAGGCGUACAACUCAGCAGGAGAAGAUGCAGGAACACCUGUGUCCAUUAAACUGGAGAUGAACGCGGAUAUGCUGGUUAUUGGAAUACUGGUGUCUUUGGGAGGCAUGUUCUGCCUUCUGAUCCUCAUCAGCAUCUUCUGCUAUAGGAAGAGAGAGUGGGUAAAGAAAGCAUUCUAUCCUGAAAUUCCUGGACCUAAAGUACCUGGAGAUUGGUCUUCCCCACAGGGUCUUUUGGAUGUGAAACCUCCCCCUCACAGUCUGGUCCUUGUGGGAACUCCAGAAGAGGAAUUCAUUAAAGGAGGUCUGGUGCCGGUACCAGAAAAAGAUGAGUAUUCGGACGUCGAAGUAGACACGGACUCCGACGAACCGGCACCUCCGACAUACUACCAGGUGAGCGGCGACGGUUGUCACACCUCAGAUUCGUCCGGUUCCUCGACUUUCUCCGUAGGUUCAACCCAGACGGAAAUCACCUACACGGGCAUCCAGAGCCCGACGUCUUUACAUGGGGCGUACGGAGGUGGAGGUUACAAGCCUCAAAUGCAGCCCGCCAUGGAUCCCCAAUUCGAGUCCGACUUCGAAGAUAACUCGAAUGUCGGCUAUAAGCCUCAGUGUUCCUGGCAGCAUGACUCACCCGAUGCAGAAAAUUUAAGCGGUUCGCUCGGAAGCCCGACAUCAGUCACGUCAUCGCAGUUCCUUAUUCCAGAGUCUUCCGAGGAGAAACCGCAGUCUUCCAACACCUGGUUUCACAGUUUUCUCUCUGGAAGAUCCUGAGAUCUGUGAUUUCACUUUGAUUCGUGAUGUUUUGCCUUAUGAAGACAUUUGAUCUCAUACUGGAAAUUUCUCACAGACACACUACUGUAUCUCAAAGACUGAUCAAAGAGGUGAAGUUCUACUGAAGAGCAGAAGGUAUCUUCUCGUGCUCAAUUGGGACAGUAUGAUAUUUCCCUCUAGGGGCGCUGCCGUUUCCAAUCAUACUACAGUGUUGUCACUGUCUUUUUGCAGUGUUAUUGAAGUGCCCCCCUACAAAAAACACAUCUGUGUUGUACCAAAAAAUAACUACAGUAUUCAAAUUUCUAUUCUUAAAUUUGACAGAUUCGUAGCAUUGAAAUGUAGACGAUCAGAACGUAGCACGUUUACUUUUUCUGGAGCAUUAAGGGUUGAAAGUUCUUAUGUAGCUUCAAGCUAAAAUCCCAUUGUUAAUCGUAAGCGUGUGUUGAUCUGGUCUAAGAUAAUCAGCUUUUCCAUGAUAAAAACACCAUUUAAGGUGUUUGCAUGACACGUUUGGUGUAAGGUUGUGUGUUUGUAAAUGGACUCAGUGUUAGUUUAAGAACAAGCUAUGCAUCUUUUUGAUCGGGAUUCGUAGCUCGUGGUAAGGGCUGGGAUGAAUAAUCGUGCGAUUCGGCUUGCUAUGGUUUUCAAUGAAUUGCAGUGAAAUGCCGCUACAUCCAAAAGCCAGAGGGCGCUGGCGUGCAGAAACUCAAUAUGUGCCGCAGAUGAAGUACCAUUUACACGCACAGCUCCAGCAAAUGCAUAUUUAUAUCGCUGUUCUUCAAACAUUUUCAGGUAUUUUAAUGAUAAUAACAAAAUAGAUAUAAAGACUAUGUUUGACGAGUGUGUUUUUCAAAUGCAUGUUAUAAACGAUUGAUGAGGACUUCCUACUGAUCAAAGAGCCGUAGUACAUGAAAAAGCUGUGCAUAUCGCCUUUGUGAUUCAGAAUCGACAGGCAUUUUAGUGCGAUUCAUCUUCCCAGCCCUAAUCGUAGUUAUCAACUUUUAGAAGUUUAUUCUGCGUUUCUUUGUCGCUUCCCUUAUAUUAUUAUAUAAUCAUUUUGAUUGCACGUCCGAUACAAGCGAUAAACCCCAUCUUUUUGAGACGCUAAACACCUUGUAAACUUUUGUAUUUUUAUGCAUUUUGGACGGUGGGUUCAAAAUAAGUUUCAAAACACUGCUGCUUGUAUGCCAUUACCCAUCAUAUACAGCCUGGUUUGUUGUCCGGAUUGCUUUUGUAACACAAGCAAACCGCUCCAGAGUUUGUCUGCAAUCGGGCCGAGACCACCUCGUUCAUGUGAACAUCGAAUCGAUUGUUUUGGUGCGGUUUGCGAUUGCUUUUAUCAAUAUGCUUAAACAAACCGAACCAAAAGAAAAAACGCACCAGGUUCCGAAACAAACACUCCCAAAAAAUCUGAUUAUAAUCUAAUAAUUCAGGUUUUAGUAUGUUGGACAGUUUUCUAUUCUUUUGUUAUUUGUUUUUCAUGUUGUUUAAGGUCAGUAGCAUUUAAUGUGUUUAAAUUGUUUGUGUAGCACUGUUUGUUUGAGUUUUAUAUACACUCACCGAAAGUAUUAUUAGGAACACCUGUUCAAUUUCUCAUUAAUGCAAUGGUGUAAUGGUGUGAGGGAUGUUUUCUGGGCACACUUUAGGCUCCUUAGUGCCAAUUUGGCAUCGCUUAAAUGCCACGGCCUACCUGAGCAUUGUUUCUGACCAUGUCCAUCCCUUUACGACCACCAUGUACCCAUCCUCUGAUGGCUACUUCUAGCAGGAUAAUGCACCAAAGCUCGAAUCAUUUCAAAUUAGUUUCUUGAACAUGACAAUGAGUUCACUGUACUAAAAUGACCCCCACAGUCACCAGAUCUCAACCCAAUAGAGCAUCUUUGGGAUGUGGUGGAACGGGAGCUUCGCACCCUGGAUGUGCAUCCCACAAAUCUCCAAAUAUGCUAUCCUAUCAAUAUGGGCCAACAUUUCUAAAGAUUGCUUUCAGCACCUUGUUGAAUCAAUGCUAUGUAGAAUUAAGGCAGUUCUGAAGGCGAAAGGGGGUCAACACAGUAUUAAUACGGUGUUCCUAAUAAUCCUUUAGUUGAGUGUAUAUACAUCUUUUCAUUUCACACGCAAAUGUAUUUCAUGUUAAUCUGGGAUUUACCUCAAGUUUUAUAAAUGCAUAGCAUCCCCCUUGUUGAACAACAGUGAUGGCCAUAGCGCAUCUAUUCCGUUAUAGUAUUUUAUUAUCUAUAUUUCAAAUGAUGUAUGUCUUAGUCUAGAUUAGAGUUUGUCAAUGUGCACCCCUGCUUCUUAAAAAUUGGUCAAACUGUUAAAUGACCACAGUGUGCCUCAGAAGUUUAUUGUCCCUGUUUCGGACUUCGGAGCCACAGGGUAAAUCUGGCCUUACUGACAUGAAAUUUAAGAGAAACCUGCUUUUCCCCCGAGUUCACCAGGUUUACAUUGACAUAUAAGAGCUUUGUGUGUGAUGUCUGUGUACUUGUAUCACUAGACAUCCACUUAGCCUCCAUCACUAAACCUUAAAGGUAAAGCAGAUACGCUGCAUCAGGACAACACUGAGUUCACCGUAAUAUCAAUAUCAUGUUCUCGCUUGUAAUCCCAAAGAAACUAUGCUUUGCCUUAUCUUUCUUGUAUUAACUUCCUCUGCUUUUAAAACGACUAUAGUGAAUAUUCAUCUGAGAAUGUUUGGCAUUUGAUUGAAAGGGCAUUAGAUGAACAUUAUAAGGAUUGAGUUUGUGACAGGUCAGAAUCUUUAAGCUUUAAACACUACUGUGAAAGACUUUUCUUUGAAACGAGUUACUGAUAUGUAACAUUAGCAGUCAUACUUAAGUAAAUCUACUAAUAAUACUAAUGUUGAUGUUUUUUGUAUGGACGUGAAAUGCACACAUAUGUAUGUCAUGUUUGUUUUUGUUUAAAGGGUAUUUUAAAUGGGAGCUUCCGAGUUGAGCUAAAUAUAUGCUUGGAUAGCUCAGCUGUCAAUAGAAAUAAAAGUGAGUUUAUUUUAUAUCAUUCAUUCAUUCACACUCUCUACAUGAGUGGUUGGGUGAAAUUGUCAAAAUCAUCUCGAAGAAUCUGUUAUUGAUUCAGGGAAAUGGUUUUUCUUGCCUAAAUGAGAUGUUGUAAACAGAAUAAUUUAAUUUGUAUUUUUUGUUUUGUUUUCUAGUAAAAAAGGUCUUAACUUCUUUAAAACAAGAAAAACAUACUAAAAAAAAGCAAAAUUACGACAUAUAAAGUUUUUUGUUUUCUCAAAAAUUAUUUUGUUUUAAUUUUUUGUGUACUUAUAUUUUUAUUGUUUAAAACACAGAUUUCUAUAACUUGCAUGUUUUAACUGGAAAACAUGUUGAUUUUUUGCAGUGUAAUGGGAUAACAGUACAAAGCAAUUGGAGUUACUUUAAAUAUUGGUUUAACACUAAUGUAUAUAAGCUUUUCUUGUGCAUGAAUAUCAUCAAAUGGGAAUUAAUGUUACGUCGAUACUGUAUUAUUGCCAUCAGUGUUGAGGCGCUAAAAGCUUUUAAUAACAAGUAGAAACACUAUACAAGUGAAAUGAUAAAGCUUUAUACAGGCACCUGAGCUCAUAGUUCUCUGCUAAUACACUAACAGAAUAUCAUAUUGUCUCUAUUAUACAAUAAAUACAGAUUAUAUCUGUACCAAACUGAAA